ACCUUCUCUUCCUCUCUCUCAAAGAAUCCUUUUUUUUUUAGAUCACAAAAAUUGUCUUUUAUUUGGGUUUUCAGUAUCAUGUGGACCUCCGGCGUAAAGGGUUCAAUCGCCGGUGGCGGCGUUUCCACGGCGGUCCUCCUCUUCCUCCUCCUGAUAUCUACGGCGGAGCAAGCAGCGAGUCAACCGGGUCAAUCCAACCAGAGAACCGACCCGUAUAACUACGGUCGGAUCAGCCCGGCUAUGGCGGUGAUCGUCGUCGUCCUCGUCGCCGCGCUCUUCUUCGUCGGCUUCUUCUCGAUCUACAUCCGCCACUGCACACGCAACGGAGAAUCCAGCCUCCCCUUCGCCGCCGCCGCCGGCGUCCGGAGAGCCGCCAACGCGCAGGCGCGUGGGAUCGACGCGUCGGUCAUCGAGACAUUUCCCACGUUCGUGUACUCGGAGGUGAAGACACUCAAGAUCGGGAAAGGCGCGUUGGAGUGCGCUAUUUGCUUGAACGAGUUCGAGGCCGACGAAACUCUGCGUUUGUUGCCCAGAUGUGAUCACGUGUUCCACCCUCACUGCAUCGGCGCCUGGCUCCAAGGUCACGUGACCUGCCCGGUUUGCAGGACCGAUCUCGCUGAACCGGCUGUUCAACCGAACGAACCAGAGAUAACAGGCACUGACGUCGAGGCGCAGCGCGAGGAAGUAGCUGAACCGGUUGCUGAACUGGAAGUACCGGAACCAGAUCGUACGCGUGUGAAGUUACCGAGGUCGCACACGACGGGGCAUUCGCUGGUACAGCCCGGGGAGAAUACCGAUAGGUUUACGCUCCGGUUACCGGAGGAUGUGAGGAAGAGGAUAAUGGCGAAUUGGAAGAUGAACCGGUCGAAUAGCGUGGUUCUUCCCAGAGGUGGGAGCUCGAGGAGAGGUAAACAGGUUGACCGGUUAAGGGUGAGGUCCGACCGGUGGCUAUUCCACAAAACUCCGUCGUUUCUCUGGCGGAAUUCUCGGGGGGAGGGUUCAAUUAAACUCGGUGGGACCGGUUCGACCGGUGACUCGGUACGGUCAGACCGGUGGGCUUUCCUUAGGAAUCCGUCAUUCCUAUGGAGGAAUUCGUCGGUUCAUUCGCCUAGAGGAGCCCACAAGGACGGCGAAGGAAGUUCAGUUCAAACGGUCGGUACGGGUGGUUCAACUAACGGUUCGGUUCGAUUACCGGUUUAGUUGGACUUUUCGUUUUUUCCCCUCUUUAUAUCUAACUACUAUAGCUCGUUGUUGUAUGUUUGUUUGUUGAUAUGAUGGGAUGUUCAUAAACGCAAUAAAUUUUGCCAAUUUUUUCAUUUA